AUGGCCUCAAAACAUGGGGAAAUCGCCUCUAUCCACCACUACUAUGAUGCGAUAUUCGCCGAAGUUGUGAAGAUCGAGAAAGCCACGGACAAUCUGCAUCACCCAUCCCACGGAUUGAUUGGAGCAGCCACCGAGAAGAUCAUAAAACUAAUGAAGAACAUUAUGGAAAUUUAUAGUUUCACCAUCAGCAUCCUGAAGAACCGUUUCGACAUUGACAGCAGAGAACAGUGCAUGAAAGAUAGGGAGAAACUCUCAGUUAAUGUUGACGAAAAGGAAAUAAACAUUACCAAGCUGCAGAAUCGUCUAAAGAAGAAGUUGAACCGGAUUGUCGAACUAUCAAAGCAGCUGGAGCAGCCCAAAUUGGGCAAGCUUGAGUUGGAGAAGUCUCUCCAAGAGAAGAUGACCCCAUCAAGGAACGGUCUGUGA